AUGUGCGAGUGUGAUGGUGGUUGGAGGGGUCGCUUAUGUGAUGAAAGCAUCUGCAAAGAUGACAACUGUAUUCAGAAAUGCGAUGGCACCCUUAAAUGUCAGAACAAUGGUGUAUGCACCAUAGCCUCCGGCAGCGGCAAAUAUUUCUGUCGAUGCCUUCCUGGUUACCAUGGAAUGACGUGUGAGAAGUCAGCCUGUGACAACUACUGCCAAAGGGGUAUGUGCCAUCUAGAAGGAAAUGAUCCCAACUGCACUUGUCCACCUGGCUACAGCGGUGACCGGUGCCAACAUAACGACUGUGAUCAUUAUUGUCAUCGGGGCACCUGCCACAUCACAUCAAAUGGUCCGGAGUGUGUGUGCGAAGAUGGGUACACUGGAGCUCAGUGCACAGAAAUCAGUUCGGAUACUGUGUCAUGCUCGCCGGAUUCUUGUUUAAACAAUGGAAAGUGUGUCGUGCUGAACAAUAAAGAGAUCUGUGACUGUCCUUUGGACUACAUGGGGUCAAAGUGUCAGAAACCUGUUGAAAGGGAUUUGAAUCCUUGUAAAAAAAUGGAUUGUCGACAUGGAGGUGUAUGUCAGAUACAAUACGGCGAGCCCUAUUGUGUAUGUCCAGAGGAGUGGGGUGGAAGCAACUGUGAAAUCAGGACAGUGUGUAAAGAUUGGUGCCUUAACGAUGGGGAAUGCAGUCCCAACCCAGACCCUAGCUUGCAGCCAACUUGCAAGUGCCAAGAAGGAUACACAGGGCUUCGGUGUGAAACCUCGGAGGAGUUCCAGAAGGAUAAAGUCGAGAGUUCUGCACCCAAUACGGCAACAGUUAUCAUUAGCAUUUUCAUAACUAUCGUUGUGUUGGUGGUGGCGAUUGUGGUCGCCUGGCUGUGGCAGAGGCAGCGUGGGAAAGGCAUCAGCCAUGUGCGUCUGGAGGAGAACGGUGGCACAGUGGAGAUGACCAAUCCCAUGUACUUGCAUGCCUCUGACGACCAGGAGGAUGACCCUAACCCUGUCUUCACCCUUCACGAUUCGAUUGCCCUCCUGGUCAUGCUUCCUGUGGAAACGCUGUCGUUAACUGUAGAACUCUAG